AUGGCCUCAACAAGACCCGAAAAUGUGCCCUCGCCAGCGCAAGGCGUCGGCCCAUUCUACAGACCCGAAGGCGAAAAGCCCACCGCAACCGUCUCGAAAGAAGUCUCCUUCGAGAAUGUCCACGUGCUCCCACAGACUCCGCAAUUGAUCGCUCUUCUAACUAUGAUCAGAGACCAGAAUACCCCGCGCGCCGACUUUAUCUUUUACUCGAAUCGUAUUAUUCGUCUUUUGGUCGAAGAGGGAUUGAACCAUCUCCCCGUCGUGGAACAUUCCGUCACAACGCCAGUCGGACGGUCGUACCUCGGUGUCAAAUUCGAAGGAAAGAUAUGUGGUGUUUCUAUUAUGAGAGCCGGUGAGGCUAUGGAGCAGGGCUUGCGAGAUUGUUGUCGGUCCGUCCGUAUCGGCAAGAUUCUGAUUCAGAGAGACGAAGAAACUUGCCAGCCGAAACUCUUCUACGAUAAGCUCCCCGCAGAUAUCGCGCAGAGAUGGGUUCUUUUGCUUGACCCGAUGUUCGCUACAGGCGGUUCAGCCACCAUGGCUGUGGAGGUCCUUAAAUCAAGAGGCGUGCCGGAGGAGCGUAUCCUCUUUCUCAAUCUGAUCGCCAGCCCAGUGGGUGUGGCAGAUUUCGCUGAGCGGUUCCCGAAGUUAAGAGUGGUAACAGCUUUCAUUGACCAGGGACUGGAUGAAAAGAAGUACAUUAUCCCAGGACUCGGUGACUUUGGCGACCGAUAUUAUACCCUCUAA